UUUCAAUUUAAAGGCAAAAAAGCUUGAAUGUGAGAAAAUUAUUACUUUUAUUUGGUUUGGAUAUAUUUAAUUAAUCAACUAUGAAGAUUGGAGAUUUAGAUGUGAAGCAGAGGGAUGUGCUGUACAGAUUAAUUGUCAGUCAGCUAAUUUAUGAUGGCCACACUGACCUGGCUGUUACAUGUCAGAAAGUUCUGCGACCGCUCCACCCUGCUCCCGCGUGCCCGCCAUCCGACAGACUGCUACACAUCGUCAAGAUGGGGAUCAAAUGUGAAGAAGAUAGCUUAGAAAGUCGACAGCUGAAUGCUGAGGUUGUUACACCGGGGUCUGGCAUUGACUUAGAGUAUGAAACAGAAGUCCAGACGAUAUCUGCCGAAGCGGCUCUGUACGAAACGUGCUAUGUGACGGCUCACAAGGGCCCGUGUCGGGCUGCAUCUUUCCACCCUAGCGGUCAGUUAAUUGCAACAGGAUCAGAUGACGCAUCCAUCAAGAUUCUAGAUGUUGAAAGAAUGUUGGCAAAAAGUGCAACCCCUGCUGAGAUAAUUGCCAUGGAAACCCCGCAGCAACAGAUGGAAAACCAUCCUGUUAUAAGAACUCUUUACGACCACGUUGGGGAAGUAACGUGUCUGGAUUUCCACCCGUUCCAUCAAAUCCUCGUAUCCGGAGGCAGUGACUUCAGUAUCAGGUUUUUCGAGUAUUCGAAACCAUCGGUUAAAAAAGCCUACAAGAGUAUCCAAGAAGCAGCUGCAGUGACUUGUCUGUCGUUCCAUCCCGGCGGUGAUUACAUUCUGACCGGAACAGAACAUUCAACAUUGCGUCUGUAUGAUGUGAACACGUUCCAGUGUUUUGUGUCCAGUGAUCCAAAAGACCAACACAAAGGACCCCUCACUGAUGUGAACUGGAGCCCGAACGCGAAGCUGUUUGUGACGUGUUCGCGCGACGGGUCGAUGAAGAUCUGGGACGGAGUCAGUCAGAAGUGUAUCAGCACGCUGAUCGACGCUCACAAGGGGGAGGAACUCUGCUCGGCUGUCUUCUCCAGAAACUCAAAGUACAUUUUGUCGAGUGGUAAAGAUUCUCUGGUUCGUCUCUGGGAGCUGUCGACCAAUCGGUGUUUGAUCGUGUACACUGGCGCUGGGGCCACCGGUAAACAGGAACACAAGUCUCGGGCUGCCUUCAACCACACCGAAGAUUAUGUUCUGUUUCCCGAUGAGAAGACAACCAGCCUGUGUUGCUGGGAUUCGAGAAACGCAGAGCGACAGAAACUUCUCUCUUUAGGUCACAAUGGAGUGGUCAGGAGUAUCGUCCACUCACCGACCGGUCCGGCCUUCGUUACGUGUAGUGACGACUUCCGGGCUCGAUUCUGGUACCGCAAGGCAACAACAGACUAAGUUCAGUGAGAGUCACAUGUGUCUAACUGUGAACCAACUGUUUAUACUCAGUGGAAUACGCAACGACGACAAAGAUGUGUUAGGGGACUUAAUGGACAUUACAGGGCUCGAAAUAGGAAGUAAAUAUGAAUGGACUGCUAUUAUGUUUCUUUAAUGUGUCCUGUUAAAGAAAAGAUAUGGCCUGGUGAAAAUAUAGAGAUUAUACGAGCUUGGGUGUCGUACUAAUUUUACGAAACAAGUAUCAGGAUUAUUGUAUCCUGACACAAGUUUUGUAAAAUAUGUAUGAUUCACACACGAGUGUAAUAAUUUCUUUAUUAUCCACAUUAUUCGGAAUAUUAUUUUCGUGAAUAGCAAGCAGGACAUUUUCAAACGUAACUAAAAAGAUAUGACAAAACGUCAUUUUGAUAAACGUUUACACUGGGGAAGCCGCAUCGAGUUAUGACAUCGCUUCACAAAAUUACAUCAAUCGUAGUGCAUGUGAAAUCAUGACACAUGUGGGUCAUACUGAUUAUAUUUCCCUGAAUAUCCUGGAUAAUAAAGAAUAGUAUGGGAUGAGGAAAGGUUUUCGGGAUGGUGUGUGAAAAAAUCAUUACCUCUGAUAUGUUUAAAGAUACGACGGAAUCAAGAGCUAAAUAGCAGAUAAGAUAAUCGUGCAUGUGUUCAUCUCUUGAAAAUGACCUGCAGUUUUGGUGAGUUGGCUAGCGAGUGAAUUUUUUUUUCACCUGCUAGGUGUAAAAAAUGGACUGCUUUCUGCAGGCCACCAUUUCGAGCCCUGCAUUAUUCUAAUGAACAUUUGUUUUACAUUAGUCGGGGCGUGAAAUUUGUUAUCAUGAAUAUUUAACUUUGUUCUAGUGGAAUUUGUAUGAAUGAACUUGGAAUUUUCUUCUAAUGAAUAUUCAAUUGGAAUUGGUAGCAAUGAACUAGUUUUAUUCUGAAUAUUCAGGUUUGUUCUAAUCAAUAUUGUAGAGUUAGCAGUAAUGAACAUGAGUUUUGUUGUAAUGAAUAUUCAAUUCUAAUGUUCAGUAAAAUUAAUAUCAAAUGAACUUGAAUUUUGUUUGAAUGAAUAUUAAAAUUUGUUCAAAUAACUGUUCUGUGGAAUUAGAAUCAAAAGUAUUUGUUAUAUUUGUAAAAUUCGUAGCAACGAAGUUCAGUUUUGUUUUAACGAAUAUUCAAGUUUGUUCUAAUGAAUAUUCAUAGAACUUGGUGAAGAAAUUGUCAAUACAAUAGGAGAUGAAGAGAUUGGAUUUCUAGUGUUUUUUAGUUGGUGCAAGAAUAUUUUACUACCAUCACUCUUGAAAAGUUCCUAAAGAUCUGAAAGCUAUUCCAUAAAAGCUGAAGUUUUUUGACAAACUUGAAUAUUGUUUGUUUUUCAAUAAUUUAGUUUUGUGUCCAGUGUAUUAAGUAAAUGAGACGUGGACAUAAUUUCAAAGGAAAAUAAAUUCAGCAUGGUGAGAUCAUGUAUACUUUUAUGAAAGAAAGUCCAGUGAUACAUUAUAUUCAGUUUCAUGGGGAAAUGACAAUGAUAUAUUUAGUUUCAUGGAAAAUGAGUCAAGAAUGAUAUAUUGAGGCCCAAUUUCUCAUUAACUGUUCAAUCAUGAUUCCCGAUUCAAUUAAAAUCAGCCACUUGGCGGUUUUGCUUCAUACAAGUAUGCACCGAAAUAAUGUGCACACUUUCUUAUGACUCCGCUUUGUCAGUGUUCCAUGUCGUUCUUUAGUUCAUUCUCUAUCAACCGAAAAAUGUGAGGUGGUUGGUUUCUACUUGAAUCAUGGUUCAUUAGUUUGAACUGUCAAUGACAAAUUGACCAACAGUUUCAUGGACAAUGAGUCAAGAAUGAUGUAUC